GAUUUAUUGACACUGAAAACUUUAAUUGCUCCAAUUACGAUAAUAAUAAUAAUGAUAAUAAUAAUAACAGUGAUAAUAAAUUGGACACGAUAAUACUUAGACAAGUACAUUGAAUACACAUGUGUAAGGAUUACAGGAAUUAUUGAAAUAAAAAGUGUUGACUGUUAGUUAUAACUGCAAAAAACGAGAUAUACAUAUAUAUGCAUAACUUUUACGUCUUUCACGUGUCUACAUCCAUCCAUUCGUUCAUUCAUUUGCCGAAAUAGCCAUGCUAACUUCCGUUAUUUUCGACUGAAUCACAUGCUGACGUAAUAUUCCUCCUUACCUAUCUAUCUGUGUAUGUGAGCAAGGACGCUAUUACCAAGAAGUGGACGCUCACAUUUUGCACAUAUGCACAUAUGCACCAAUUAAUUAUCGCGUUAACUAUUUCCUCUUCACUUUCACUUACUUGAUGGUAUAAAUUUAAGCGUGUGUAAAAAACUUGAUUUCAUAAUUUCACAUUUCAUGUUAACAGAAAUGAAGCUUCAAGCAAUUCUUUUCCUACUCUUCUCCGUCAACUUAGUGAUGAGUAAAAGGAUUCUAGUGAGAGGUGAUUGUAAAACUCAAUGUUUAAUGCGUAGUCUCGCAUGCGACAGUCGAUGCAAAAGGGCGGUUGGUGCUAAAGAAAUUUGUAAUACAGCAUGUCGAAACUUACUGUCUCUAUGCCUUAACCAACCGUGUGCAAGCUUUGCAGAAAAUUACUAUCGAAGAUACCAUUAGUACAUUACUAUUUAUUAGUCAGUAAUAUUUCUUUAUUUUUUUUACAUUCCAGAAGAAGUGUACAUUUAUUUUUUAUAACUAUACUUUUAACCAUACAUGUAAAUUUUAAAGGUGUUUAGUGUGUUACUUAUGAGA